CAAAACCAUCUAUGUAGAAAAGGACUCGCAGACCUUCGCAUGCCAUGGCGGGCAAAGUGUAUGCUGAAGAAAGUGUUGUCGGGCCUGUCGACAACCUAGCAACUGAGGGCACAGUAGCUGAUGAGAGCGGACUUCGUGUGCGUGCUGCUCCUUCUCACACUAGUGGGCCAUCGCCGCCUUUGACUCCAUCGACUUUUCCACGUCCAAGUGUGGAAAAGGGGAAUCGAGUCCUGAAGCACUUGACCACGAAGAUCGCAAAACGUGAAGUCUUGGGGUAUAGUCAAUUGAAACUUCAGGAGUCGGCCUAUGACAAUGCUUAUUUGCUGCCGCUCAUAUCAUCACGCUUCUUUGGACGAUCCUUUUUCCUUUUGGUGGUGAACUUCAUCCUGCAAUAUUGCAUUGCCUUCUUGCUCUACAGGAGGACAACUCUGACAAACCAGCUUCUCACAGAGAAGUUGUUUGGUCUUACGGGACCCGGGGCAGGUCGGGCUGGAGUUUGUUGGUAUCCGGAGCAACAUAAUAGAAAGGUGAUUAUGUGUACGCCUGAUGAAGUGUUUUUUUGCCGCAGACUUCACACGCUUGGACCUGACAAGCGAUGGCAUAUGGACGUUUGAGGAAGCUUUGGUGCUGGACAAUGCCCAUGCACGUAGCAACAACAGAAGAGUGAAUAUGACACAGGUCUACAAGAACUUGAUUUAUCAGAUCAGGUCUUACGCUGGACCUCGGGUCGUUGGGUGUGACAUUCUCGAUGAAAUUGAAGCCUUUGACCAAAACCUCGGCUUUUGGAAAACGGCUUGGAUCUGGAAUGUCACAAGUAGCGAGAAUGUUGUGGUGACCUAUUCCAAUCCACCAACAAGUGCAUCGAAAGCUUACAUUCACAAACGGUACACGAGAAAGAAACUUGAUGAUAUCAUUUAUGCCUGCAGCAUUCCAAAGUGUGUUGACAUGGACAACGGUGCUACUGAUAGAACGGAAGCCACCUGCGCGGAAUACAAUGGUUAUGAUGCUUGUGGGGGUAGCUGGGAUGACGAGGAUUUUAACGUGACGGAAUUGUGCUGCACGUGUGGUGGCGGCUCUCGGAGUCAACAGUUGACAGGCUUUGGCCACCUCCCUGUUUCUUUGCCUUUGGAAGAUGUCAGCAACCUACAAGCCUUUCGGCUUUGCAUGCAAAAGGCAAAUCUUCCACUGCAGCAAGACCAAUGCAUCAUCAACUUCACAGCCAUACCACGGGACAUUUAUGUGUCCCAAGUUCAGCCGUACACAAAGUACUGUUACUUGCCAGACAUAGACACCUGCAGCAACCUGAAGGCAGACAAUGCGUUGCCUGAAUUCAACAUCAACAUAUCCUCGUCAGUCCCUCUUUUCUUCAAAAUGGCUUCCAUCACCACAACUACAGAUUUGCUGCCUGAAAAUAUUUGCCGCAAGGCUGUGAGCCUUUUUUGCCCCGAGUUGAUGACCCUCCAAACAUCACUUUUCCUGGAGGAGCGUACUGAGGUUUGUGGGAAAAAGACCCGCCAAAUCCAAGACGACUCCGUGAUCGUGUCCUACGAAGCCAGCCGAGUGUAUGAGGAUCAGAGCUUUGGCUUGACAUCGCCCAUUUUCCAAGGCUUCCUAUUUUUGAUCGUCUUCCUUUGGGGUUUGGCAUCCGUAGCAGAGUUUCGGAGCAUUUUGGUUUGGUGGAACGUUCUUUUGGCACAGCCUUCGUGCAGUGUUGAAGAGUGCCUCCAUGAGAAAUGGGAGGACGAUGAAGUCAUGUCUUUGGACAUUAUGGGCAUACCUCGGAAGUUCAGAGUACUAUCAAUUCUCUUGAACCUCUUGCCUCGCAGCAUCUUGCAAUGCCUGAUUUUCUUUGUUGGAAUUCAAUAUUUGCUGUCUGUUCGGAACAUCUCUGAUUUGAUCUUGAACAGCUUAGCUCUGACCUUCUUGGUGACCGUCGACGAGAUGCUUUUUGCGGCCUUUGCCGGUGAACAAAACGCUGCGUGGGUCCAAGAGACCAAGCCCGUGCCGGGCCGAUCCUUCAAAUGUGUCGACUGGGUGCUGGCAGCGACACACAUCCCUUUGGGCAUGUUCAUGUUCUUCCCGAUUUUGAUUUGGCUCUCAUACUACUUGGUUCAAAACAAGCUUGCGACCGAUGAAUUGGCUGAUGCAACAUAUUGCCUUUGUGAUUUGAGAGGCCGGGCGUGCUUCGCCCCCAGUGCUUUGUAGGGCCGAAGGACUGAAAGGACAGAAGUCUCACCCAAUUCGUGUGUCCAUUUGUUUCCGAUGAACACCUGUGGAAACAUAUGGAUAUGUUGUUCUUUGGAAUCUUCUUUGAAAUCUCAAGGAUGAAAUGCUGCUCAUUAGUAACGUAAUCAUUUCCAUAAGGAAAUGAUAUGCGACAAAGAAACGAGGACAAAAACUACCUGUAAACUGUGGCUACUGGCGGUUCAUCAGCAAGAUUAACGGCGCCGACUUGCUGAUAGUGGGUCGCAAUGC